AUGAGUGAUGACCGCAGUGAUGAAGAUCCAAUCAUGGAUAUCUGGUAUUCAAAUUGGGAACAACAGUGUAUUGAAACUAUUGAAUCAGAACCUGAUUAUGAGAGUCAAUUACACAACGAAAAGGAAAUUUAUUCCCAGCAAAUAUGGACGGGUUUUCAGACAACAGCUUCAGCCAUUGCUCAACUCUAUAAAGAUCGUACGCAAGGUGCAUCACUUUGGCUACCAUUUCAAACCGCUGCAGGAACGGUAACAUCUCUUUACAAAAAUUCGUUGGAUGGUAUGAGGAGAUGCAACGAAUUAGGAGUUGAUAUUGGGAGACAGAAGAGAAGUAAAGAAAUAAUGAAUUGGGCGAGGAAGAAAAGACGGAACAUUAGACGUGAAGAUUUAUUGGCGUAUCUGGCUGGUAAACCACCACCACCACCUAGACCUCAUGCUCACAGAAGCUCGCCGAAACCUCGUAUGAUGGUGUGUGGUUCCCCGCCAUCACAGAGUCCUGCGGCAAGUAUGGUUGUAACCCCAACUCCAGAACCAGUUGAUCAAGAUUCAGAACUUCAUACUUUUAGAGAAGCUAUUGCCUUAAACGGAUCACCAAUGUCCCGGCGUACUGGAAGACAAUCAGAGUUGUCAGCAUUCAUAAGCAGUGAGUUUGCUCGGCAUCACAAGCGACCGGCAUCACAUGACGUGGACAUGGGCUCACCUACGCACAAACGUUCACGCUUCAUGUAA